AUGGUUAACCAGGGCCAACCGCAACCGAACCUCUAUGACAAGCACAUUAAUAUGUUUCCACCAGUAAGGGUGCGGGAGUCCUCGCAUAAACUAGGAAAUGUAAAUUCUGAUAGGCAUGCUUCGCCCGCCCAAAAUGUAGUGCCUGCACCUUAUCCGGUGGAUGACUCUAUAGUUGAGCUCACGCCAGCCAUUCCAUUUACGUCUCCUUCCUCCUCAUCUUCACUAUCACUUCCUUUGAGCGCGCUAAAUUUCACAGACAGCAAUGCUGACGGUGGUCAAUUAGGCACACCAGUAACUAUAAAUAGUAAUAAUGGCAUGGAUAUUUUCAAUUACAAGCCAGCAGGUGAAAUAGGAGAUGCUAAUAACAGUAUUAACAGUACUGGUAAUAGGUAUGAACUUCCUUUCAAUUUUAGUUCCACAAAAGGCAGUUUGGGUUCACCAGCUGCACACGACGCAUCAAUAAGCGGUGGAGGCCGAAUAUCAGAGCCUGUAAGGGAUAAUUCAGCGCCGCCACCCUAUGAGGAGUCUGAAUCUAGGAUAUUGCAAGAAAAAGUUUAUAGAACAGAGGAAAAAGUUCCCAUACGAUCUCUGGAUAAUACAUCCGUUGCAUCACAAACAACCAACCAAUCAACCACUAGCAGCAUCGCGAAGACAAAGGAUAAUGACUUUUCAAGUGGUAAAGAUAAACUGUCUUCCUAUUCACCGGAGGCAUUAGCUUUUUACCAAGUUUACAAGAAGACUAUUGCAGACUCUUUAAAAUUUACUCCUGAGAUACAAAUGCAAUGGUGUGAAACGCUACUCGAAUACGCCUUUAAGGAAGACUUCAUAUCGCAAUAUAACAUAAAUGCAGAAAAACUCAAAAGAAGUUUAAGACCUGAGGAAAUGCUCAAAAACCAGAAAGUCAUUUUGGAACAUUCAUUCAAAGUGCUCGCAAAAUUAAUUACUUUAAAAUGGCCCCCUGCCAUGUAUUUGAUGGGGACUUUGUAUUCGCAUCAACCAUAUUUGCCUAUCAAGAAUAAAAAUAUCGUCAUUAAAAAUGACGAAAAGGCGCUGGAAUAUUAUUGUAAAGCCGCAAAGUUGAACAAUUCAGAUGCGUGCUACCGUGCAGGUAUAUGCUUUGAAUAUCAAAGAGGCACUUCUUCUUUGGAUCCAUCACCCACCAGGGAACAAUGCAUAAAGAAGGCUUUUCAAUACUACCAAAAAGGUGCAGAAGUUUGUUCAAAUUCUGCAUGCAUGUACAAACUAGGAAUGAGCCAUUUAUACGGUCUAAACAUGCAAAAAACUGAUGUAUUACUAGCUAUUAAAUGGUUUGAUGAAGCUGCCCAAAAGGGUGACUCUCCGCAAACAUUAUAUGAGUUAGGCAAAAUUUAUGAGUUCAGUGUUUUGCCAUCGGAAAUUCAAAACCUAUUAUUUGCGAACGGCGUACGAAAAGAUUCUCAUUUGGCUAUAAAAUAUUACCAGCAAUGUGCCAAAGACUUUGGGUACCCUUUAGCACAAUGGAAAUUAGGCAACUGCUAUGAAUUUGGCGACUUAGGAUUGCCUGUAGUGGCCAAAAAAUCCAUAUGUUGGUAUUCCAAAGCAGCUGCUGCUCAGCCGAGAGGAAAUCCGAUGGCAAUGCUCUCCUUAAGUGGAUGGUAUUUAACGGGUGCAGCAAGUGUUUUGAAACCAAAUAAUAUAGAGGCGUUGAACUGGGCCUUGAAGAGCAGCAAGUGUUCAGACGGUAAACUAGCCCGCACUGAGUUUGCCUUAGGUUUUUACUACGAAAAGGGUAUUGGUUGUGAAGUCGAUUUGAAUAUGGCCAAACAAUAUUAUCAGAGAGCCGCAAGAAUGGGGUUUAGGAAGGCGAUUGACGCUCUUCGAAAUUUGACGAAUUAA